AUGGGCACAGUGCACGCAAAGGCACAAGCUGACAAUGUAAGCACAGUGGGUGGUUUGUUUGAGCUUGAUGAACCAGAAACAUUAGAGGUGGCUAUCUCAAAACCCACAAUUAAAUUAAAUGGAGUCAGGGCACGUGUUGACAGAGUCCAUGUAGAUGGAUUAAGCAGGACAAAAGAUGAUAUUGUCCGUAGUGCUGUUGAUGAACUGUUCCAUGCUACAGAUUUUGAAGAUGUAAUUUUAAAAGCACACAAGGCUCGUCGCUCACUAGAUUCAUUGGGAUGCUUCAAAGAUAUAGGUGUAUAUAUUGAUGUUUCCAACGGUCCUGGAUCUACACCUGAAGGCUUAGAGGUGACAUUUCAAGUGCGUGAGUUAUCACGUAUAGUGGGAGGUAUCAACACAACUGUUAGUGAAAAUGAAGGGAAUUUAGUUUUAGGUGUCCGUCUGCCAAAUGUGGCGGGUCGUGGUGAACGGGUGUCGGCAGAAUACAGCCUCGGUCACCGCAGUUCUUCUAAUUUCAGCGUGGCUGCCACUAAGCCUUUCCCGAAGAGUGCACUGCAACCAGUCGUGACCACAUCGGUGUACCAACAGAAUCAUGAAUAUCCAUGGUCUGGGUACAGGCUUUUGGAUCGAGGUGUCUUAUUGGAUGUCGCCUUUAGGACUUCACCCGCUACCAAACAUAACCUUCAAUGGGAGGGCAUGGUGCGCGAUGCGUCCGUUCUUAGUAAAACUACCAGCUUCAAAGUAAGAGAGAGCAGUGGUCCAGUCCUAAAGUCGGUGAUCCGUCACAUCGUGACAGUGGAUCAUCGGGACGAGGCCAUUUUUCCCACUCACGGUACUUGGGUUCAGUUCUCGAGCGAGUUGGCAGGAUUAGGAGGGGGCGUGGCUAACAUUAAGACGGAGUUGCAGGCCGAGGCCAAUAAGGAGAUCGUGCCCGGUGUUGUCGUCCAACUGACGGGCGCGGCCGGGGUGCUCCACGACGUCUUCGGGACAGAGAUACCAGAGCUCUUCUAUUUAGGAGGACCUGCCACUAUUCGCGGAUUUCAGCAGAGAGGCGCCGGGCCGCAUUGCGACGGCCUCGCCACCGGUGGCACGAUGUACUGGGCGUCCGGUCUACACCUGUACACGCCCCUCCCCUUCCAGCCGGGGAAGGGAGGAUUGGGAGAACUGUUCAGAUCUCACCUGUUCCUCAACGGAGGAUGUUUGGCGCAUCCAGAAGAGAAGACGCAAGCCAUAAUCGAGUCGCUGUCCUCCGUGCGAGUGUCGUGCGGGGCGGGAGUGGCGCUUCGCUUAGGGCGAGUGGCUCGCGUCGAGCUCAACUACUGCUUCCCUCUGCGGGCGGCCGCGGGAGAUGCGCCCGCGCCGGGCAUUCAGUUGGGCGUGUCUGCGCAUUUCCUAUAG